GUCGCAUCUGCAAAAAAGCGAAAAUUUAUUCUGCAAAACCCCCAAACCCCAACGAGCUCGCUCCAGCAGCUUUUGGAUCUCUCGUCGCAGGCGCAGUGAAACUGAAAACCGAUUUCCCUCGCAAAAAUGUUGUUCUUCUCGUAUUUCAAGGAUUUGGUGGGGAGGGAAGUGACGGUGGAAUUGAAGAAUGAUUUAGCGAUUAGAGGGACUCUGCAUUCGGUGGAUCAGUACCUCAACAUUAAGCUGGAGAAUACUAGGGUUGUUGAUCAGGACAAGUAUCCCCAUAUGCUUUCAGUGCGAAACUGCUUCAUCCGGGGAUCUGUGGUCCGAUACGUCCAAUUGCCGCCUGAGGGAGUUGAUGUGGAGCUUCUGCAUGAUGCGACUAGAAGAGAAGCACGCGGCGGCUAGCUCUCGGUGACAUAUGAGCUCGAAGCAGUGGGUUCUUCGGCACAAGAUUGGAGAAGCCUUUUUAUUCCUGCAUAUGCUAGUCUUUUCUCUAGGGCUAAUAGCUUGAUUGUGUAGUUGAAACUAAUCAAAUCUUUUGCAAGUUUUUGUACUAUAAACCGUGAAUAGUGGCUGUGUGUUUACCCUCGCCGCUCUCUAUCUUGAAAAUUUUACUCCAUUCGUCCUAGGUUA